AUAGAUGGAUAAAUAUAUCUAUACGGUGUAACGUGUAUGGAAACGGUAGCGUAUUGUCAACAUCUUCUUGGCGUACAGUUGUACAGAUGUUCGUCAACAUUGGCCAAUCGGUCUAAUCAUCAUCGCCAACGACGACGAAAACUGAAUGCCGCCUUAAGUGACUUUGGAUUUGCCAUGAGAGAUCUGACUCUCAGACGAAUCACCGCCAAUAGAGUCAUCAUCAACCUUCGAUCUCAUCAUCAUCGUCAUACCAACACUACAACGAUGAGCAAAUCAGGUGACGAGUCACUGGCGCCGAAGGUGGAGGCGGAGAAGAAGCAACCGGAAGAAGCACCGCCGCUUCCGCCGCCGCCGGAGAAGCCGUUGCCGGGGGAUUGUUGCGGCAGCGGAUGUGUUCGAUGCGUCUGGGACAUCUAUUACGAAGAGCUCGAGGAUUACAACAGUCUUUGUAAAAGCAAUUCUGAUUCCAAAUCCAAUUCCAAGCCUUCUUGAAAUUUGACCUGUUACGGUGUAAGUUUGGAUUACAGGUCUGUCUAAUAAUAUUUAUUAUUACUGAAUUUUAUUGUUUUUGUGUAUUGGUGAUGAUUUUUAGGUGGAAUAUUUGUUGUUCACCCUAUAAAUAUAAUUCUAUUGUUUGGGGGAACUUGAUUAUUUUGUGUUUCUUAAACAGCUUUUGUAACAUCAAAACCUUGAUAAUUGAUUAAUUCAAUGUUGAAGAGGUUUCUAAUUCA